AUGGGUCAGCUGGUGGGUCCUACGCUGCCUCCAUUCUGCCGUCACCCCUCGCCGCCGCUGCCGCCGGCGAUGGGGAAGAGGAAGAAGGGCAAAGCCGACAUGGUACCCUGCGAGAACCCCGAUCUCGCCCCACAUUUCCAGCCCACCACCUCCUCCACGCACGACCGCAAGCACCGGCAGCCGCGAGACCCCGCCCCGGGCGCCGGCUCCGACUCCGAGCCGGACCCCUCGCCGCCGUCCUCUCCGGGCUCCGUGCGGCGCCUGAUCGAGGCCUACUCGAGGCCCCGCCUCCUCGCCAUCCUCGCGGAGGCGGCCGCGGCCGACCCCGCGCUACGCGCCCGCCUCGGCGCCGCCGCCGACGCGUCGCCCUCCCACCGCCGGCUCUUCGUCCACGGCCUGCCCCCGCGCGCCGGCGCCGCCGCGCUCGCGGAGGCGUUCUCCCGCUUCGGGCCCCUCGCGGACUGCCACGCCGUCGCGGACCGCGCCACCGGGCGGUGCAGAGGGUACGGCUUCGUGUCCUUCGCCUCCCGCGCCGCCGCCCGCCGCGCGCUCCGGGACGCCCCGCGCCUCAGCGUCGCCGGCUGCCCCGUCUCGGCCCAGUUCGCCUCGGCCGGACCCGGCCCGUCCGCCGGCGGUGGCGGCGGCGCCGGGCGGCGGGUCUACGUGACCAACGUCGCGCCGGGCGCCAGCGCGGAGCGGCUGCGCGCGUUCUUCUCGCGGUUCGGGGAGCUCGACGGUGGGCCGUUCGGGUUCGACGCCGACACCGGGAGCUCCCGCGGGUACGCGCUAUUCGUGUACCGGGCGGCGGCCGGCGCCGCGAAGGCGGUGGAGGAGCCGUACCGCGUGUUCGAGGGGCGCACGCUGCGUUGCCAGCUCGCCAAUGAGCCCGCGCGGAAGGCCAAGGCCACCCCCGCGCCGCCACCGGCGCUAGUGGCAGGUUCAGCUACUGUGACACCACCGCUGACGGCGGCGAAGGUACAGGCACCCGCUCUGCAGCCGGUGCUUGAUGCCAUCGCGGCCGCCGGCGUGGGGGACCUUGCGACGUACGCGCGGGACCCGGCGCAGGCUGCCGCAUUGCUCGGGCAGAACCCGGCUCUUGCAGCUGCGGCACUGAGCUCUGCAUUGGCGGCUGCGGCUGCGGCUUCGCGGAGUCCUGCAGCGCCUGCUGUCGCCUCAAGUCCGGCUGCUGCAUCUGCGCCGAUUCCAGUGGCUGUGGCCACAGGAAGACCGGCAACGGCAGCAGCAGUAGAGCCAUCGCCGGUGAGAUUUGGUGUUCGGACAAGUGGCGGCGCAGGGCUGCUUGGGCCAUACAAGCCGCCAUCGUCGCCAGCGGUGCCAUCGUCCCCAAGGAGGAAGGGAACAUUGCUGUGAUAGUCAUGAUGUUGAUUUAUAGAGAUGGAAAGUUGGACAAAGCAAAUCUUGUUGUGCCCAAGCUGGAGGAGCCUCUAGAAUGGGUGCCAAUGGCUUCUGUUUUCAAAGCUCUGCCUGCUCUGGGAUACGGAUGCAAAUCUAGCUGAGGUGAUCCUCCCUUCACUACAUAGAAUUUUGCUGUAUAUAGCGUUUCAUGUUUCACGUUAUUGUACUUAAGAAAUUCUGCCUUCAUGUUUCUGAGCAGGAUAGUAGCUUUUAGUACCUAUGUUAUUCCCAAAUCUAACUUGUACUAUGCGGUUUAACAUCCUUGUUGCAUCAUCUGAACUUGAUG